AUGUCAUCGAAAACUGACGUGUCUGCCCAUGCCCCCACUGGGUGUAAGGGGACACGCUAUAGUUACGUUUGUUCAUUUCAGUCAUGGAUCACAGCUCUAAAAGAGCAUAUCGCUUAUUCUGGGCAUUAUUUGUGGGCGGGAGCGGCACCCGAUGCAGCAAAGGAAGCAACUGAAGAUUUGGAAGACGAAUGUAAACCACUGGGUUCGAUGCAAGACUCGUUGACAGCCGCAAACAAUCAUAUGGCGUUAAUGGAGAAUCAAAUGAAUGAGUGCGAAGCGAUCCUUCGAGCUUUAGACAAGACCAGACAGGGGAAUUCCUUACAGCAUUCUGCGUAUAUGCGUUUCCAACACGUGCACGGAUCUGGUCAAGCAGCAUUACAAGCAUUACGUCAUUGCAUCGCCUUAGUUGCGCAAACGCGGGAUCGCGACGCCUCUGCCUUGGCUAAUGAGUUGGAACGCAAUCGGGUUUUGGAGGAAGCUUUGGCAGCACUCGCGAGAACACACCACGCUCUUGAAAUGUCCGUCGCUGAAGAACUUACUGGAGUGAGUAUUUCUAGCAAGAGAAAAAAGAAAGCUCCACGAACGCCGAACGAAUCGAGGGACAAUUUCUUCGAUGUUUAUGACGACUCUGAAGAAGAUGACGAUACAUUAGUGACAGCGGGUUUGUGUAGUCCCCUCGGCGCUCUUAGUCCUUGGGGAAGCAGUCCCGACUUAACAAGACGAACGCCGGUAGGCAGUGAUAAUGGUGAUGUGACACCAACGAAUGAAAAUCAAGAGAUGGAUCAUCGUCUAUCUGGGUCCGGCUCUCCUCAGUCCAUACACACAGCGAUCAGCCCUUGCAGCUCCCGUGGCACUCUGGUAUCGCAGGACGGACAUGUUUAUCGAAACGCACGGACGUACAGAAAGAAUUAUGUUCCAAGCUCAAAAUGGUCGCUUUAA